CAAGGCUAUAAAAGAUCAUAUCGAGACUGUGAAGGCUUCAAGGUAGCACGUACUCGAUAACCACAAUAACCUAUAAAUCAACAGAAGCUCCAAAGGGCUAUGCCUUGGAUAACAUAUGACCCAGCCUGCAGCCAGCUUCGCCAUGACCGGCAGCCAGAGAUUAAAGGUCAAUAUCUCUAAAAGAGAUGCAGCCAUGCUUGGAAAUAAAGAAAGCAAUGACAGCCAUGAUGAUAUGAAAGGGUGGAAGGUGCAUGUGAUGGCCCUUCCCCUCCCUUUUGCCACCAACCCACCUUAUUGUUGGGUGGAAUGACCUUGCUCUUUUCCUCCUUGCUCCAAAAGAAGUGAUCUAAAAAAAAAUAAUAAUCUCAAGGCCGAAAAGAAGCGAAGCAAUCAUCCCCCAGGGGAAAAGAAGCUAAGCAAACAGUUGCGGAGAAGAUGGAAGGAUCCUUAAUAAACCUCAGAAAUUCUCCGGUCGCCGGACCCAUCAUCAGCACCUUACCAACCUGGAAGCUUUACGACAAUCCACACUACGCCGAGUGCUGCAAUGAUUCCACUCUCCACCUCCACUCCUCCAGCUGCAUCUCUCCUUAUCUUCGACUGAUCCUGGCCUCCGAACUCGAUCUCGCCGCUUUGCUCAGGCCAAUGGACUGCGACCGGACUCCUUCCGAGCUCGAACUCGCGCAAGAUCAGAUUGAGGAGCUGAAGGCUGAGCUGGAGUUCGAGCGGCGGAUGCGGCGGAAGGUGGAGUCGCUCAACAAGGCGAUGGCGAGAGAGCUGACGGAGGAGAGGAAGGCAAGGGAGGCGGCGCAUGGCCUGUGCAGGAGGCUCGAGGGGGAGCUUGCGAGGAAGAAGGAGGAGGUGGACCGGGUGCUGAGGGAUAUCGACGAGGAGAGGAGGAUGCUGAGGAUUGCCGAGGUGUGGCGGGAGGAGAGGGUGCAGAUGAAGCUCUCAGAGGCCAGGUUGCUGAUGGAGGAGAAGCUUCAGGAGAUGGCAGCGAUCCAGGGCAAGAGAGAGAUGCCAAAGAAAGGGGAUCAGGAGGAAGGUGAGUUAAAGCUUAAUACUGUUCCAUCAAUCCAGAGAGGUCCAUGUGAGAAUGCUGAGAGCUUCAGUGAGAACAAUGGUGGCACGGUGGGAUCAACUGGACCAGCCAGCCAGCCAAGUCAGCAGCGUAGGGAACCGGAGAAUCCUCACAUCAAGAGAGGGAUCAAGGGGUUUGUGGAGUUCCCUAGGGUUGUUCGGGUUCAUGGCUCUUCUAAGGAGGGGAGGGUGCACUUGGGGUCUAAUCUAGAGUGUCAAAGGGCUCAGCUGCGGAUCCUUCUGAGGCACAGGAAUCCGGUGGGUUUGGGCCUCUUGGGAAAUUCAGAGAAUCUGGUUAUGUGACCGACCUCGUUAAUUCUAUGGAGUGUUGCUUUGGUUGCCUUCUUUUUUUUUUCUUUUUUCCUUGUUUUCUUUUUUGCCUUCUUUUUGCUCCCAAUCACGCAUAAAGACUGUACACCUUGUAUCAGACACUAUUCAUUUGCAAUGUAGUUUGUUUUUAUUA